CACACACACACUCAGACACAAAUGCUGCUUGCCUAUCUGAGAAGUUCAGAGUUUUCAGGAAGUUGCAUUCAAAUGAAGAGUUGUGCUGGUGGAGGACAUUCUUCAGACCUGUAUGGGUGGAUCUGGUGUUCACGUCGCGGAUCCUGCUGCCUGCAAAUAUGUCCACCAUGAUCAACACCUUUCACAGCAGCUUCAAUCCUCCACCGGUACCUCCACGGCCAGGCCCCAGAGGAGGACCAGCGCUGCCAUCAAACACACCAUUAGUCAAGUUCUUGUCCGUGCUGCUGCUUCUGCUAAUGAUACAGACGUUUGGAGGGUUUCUCUACUUGUUCCAUAGAAUCAACCUGCUGCAGGACAGACGCAAUGAUAACGAGAUAAGCACACUAAAACAACUCCAACAGUGUGCUGAAAACAACCUCGAGGCUGACGACAUACAGUACUGUAGCAAGCUCGUCGAAAACUAUAAGACCGUCAUAAAAAAGAUCUCGCAAGCUGAAGGAAGAGUGGCGUUGUUGACUGAAACUGGAUCCUCCACCAUACCUCAAGCAAAGAUGGUGUUAAGUUCAAAGUCACAAAAGCAAGCGAUGGACAACUCCAAUACCCUGCUGUGGGAUCGUAGCCACUCUAAACUGGAUAAGGUCAGCCUCAGCACAUCAGGAGUCCUGACCAUUCACUAUCCUGGAUAUUAUUUGAUCCAAUCUCAAGUCUCCUUUUCCAAAGCAGAUGAAAAAGCAACACUCAAGCAAGCCAUAUGGACUCAAAUGACAAAAUCUGAAAAAGCGACUGAACUGACCGAGUCCUAUUGCAACUUGCCUCGGAUAAAUCCAGUACCUGUUAUGUGCACUGCCUCACAGACAGGGGUGUUCAGGCUUGAGGAAGGUCAGAAACUGUUUGUUAAUGUAACUGACUGGCACUUGGUGCACUUAGACUCUACCACUUUUGGAUUGUUCAGGCUACAGGACUGAGUGCAGACUAACUAAGAACUCGGAGGAUUCAUCAGCACAAAACAGAGUGGAUAUGAUCUAGAACCGAAUCCGUUUUACAGGGUAUACAUGGAGAACCAUGCGAAAUUUGACUAUUUGAAACUAUUUGAAAAAGGAAGCUGGAACAUUCAGAGAAGAAGCAGCAGCUCUUCCUUUAACUUACACCACAAUGCAAGCUCAGAGGAAAAUCUGGCAUGUCAUUAACUGCUGGAUUUACAGGGAAAAUGGAGAAUGUGUGACAUGCAAUAGCCCUUUUCCUUUUCCAUAUAAAACAACAAAAACAAUUAUAAACAUGAGAAAGUGGUGUAAAUGUAACUUUUCUUUAUUAUUCUCAAGCUAUACUACCAAAAUAAUUUAUUAACAUUUGCUUUUAUCUACCAUCAUACUGUCAUACUUAUAUUUAUGAAGGGAAAAUCCAGCUCGAAUAGACGACUCUUACUUAAAACACCUUCUGUGUCAUUUUAGAUCAUGAUGAUUUUGUUGUUCUAGAAUAGAAAGUGACACUACAUUUCACAGAAGUCUGGUUAUUCCCAAAACAUCUGAUAAAUUGUUAUAUGAUCUUGUUUUAUGGCAAAAACAAACAUAUUUCUACAACCAGCUGUAUGUCACAGGAAAAACAACAACAAAAAACAACUUAACGAUAACUAUACCACAGAUGGCAAGUAGGAUUUUUUUUUUAAUGGAAGUUCCUUCUAUCAAAAUAUGUAUUUAUAUUUUUGUAUUAAAAUACAACUUUCUAAAUCAAA